AUGGCGUAUGCCUGCAUACCCUUCCACGUAAGGGAUUCCGAGCUGAACGAUAUCAAGUCAUCUGCUCGACUUGGUGACGAUGCCUACGGUACUUCCAGCCGCGCAGAGCGCGUUGCAAGCGAAUCAGGCGACACCUACAGCACUGGCCGCUCUGGCGGUAUGGGUGGUGACUCUGGCACUUACGGUGCCGGCGGCCGUCAAACCGGCGAUGAUAGCGACGGUUUCUCGGGCCGCACCCAAGACACAGGAUAUGGUAGUGGUACUGCUGCUGGCGCCGGCUAUGGCAACAAAACUGGUGGCUACAAGGAGCAGGAGCUGGGUGACUUCCAAGCGUCAGAAGGUCUCGGAGACAGCACCAAGACCUACACCGGUGGUCACGAUACCUAUGGCUCUGGUGCCACUGGAGGUGCAGGCUUUGGGAACAAGAGCAGCAGUCAUGGGGGUGAUAGUGGUGAAUAUCGUGGUUCAGAUGGUAUGGGGGAGCACAGCAAACCGUACGUCGGUGGCCAUGAUACUUAUGGCUCUGGAAGCACUGGUGGUGCUGGCUAUGGCAACAAGAGUAGCAGCUUUGGAGAUGAUGAUAGCAGCUCAAAGAAGGAUUCUACCGCUGCGCGCAUAACCCACACAACCUCGACCCUCCUGACGCGCCUCGAAAACAUCCUCGCCAUCGCUUUACCGCCAACCAGCACAAACCCCAGCAGCAACAACAAUAACACCGACACCACCAACCCCGGGAGCUCGGCUCCCAACCCCGCCUUGGGAGCAAGCUCGAACCCCAGCAUCACACACGCAGGCAUUGCAGUCGAGUCCUUCAAUCUUGAUGUCGAGACCACGGCGCUGGUCAAAGCGGCGGAGGAUCUGAUGGGCUUGGGGAGGGGCUUGAAGGAGAUUUGGCUGGGUGGGGCCGGUUCGGGGUCUGGGUCUGGGUCGGGGUCCCAUGGAGGAGGAUUGGAUGGAGCUGCGGAGGGCGUGGAUGGGGAGGUAGGAGGAGGAGGAGUGGGGGCGCGAGAGGAGGAUGUCAGGGCGGUACUGGAGGGGUUGGGGAGGUUGUUGGGAGAGGGAUGA